UGUCCAGCCGUCGCAGCGGUCGGAGGUGCGGCGGUCCGGGCCGGGGGACGCGGCGCGCGGUGGUGCAGCGAGCUGCGGACAGCCAGAGGGGCAGUACAGGACCGGCAGGGACCGCGGACUGACAGACAGUGCGGGAGGGCACAGAGCGGCGCCCACGGCAGCAGAGCGGCGCCCGCGGCAGCAGAUCCGAGCGGCAGCCGCCAGAAUGUCGUACUCGUUGGGUCUACAAACGCUGCUGGUAGCUCUACUGGCCUGCCACACCGUCCACACCUAUCCCACAGAAUGUUCGUUCCCCGAGCACUGGCGAGGAACCUGGUUCCAGUCCAACGUUCAUCAGGAGAUCCGCAUAUCCGACAAAGAAGUCAGCUCGAAAGGCAACUGCACACUGGCCAGUCAGCAGAAAUAUGUCGUCCACAACGCAGUUGGACGAUGUUAUAAGUGCGUGAUAUUCUACGAAAAGCAUGUAAACGUCAUCCAGUACAAAGAAUCGUUCUGCAACCCGGACUCGAAGCCGCCCGACCUGGACUUUCUGUGCGGCCACGUGAACGGUGACAUCCAGCUGUACUCGAUGUUCCGGGUCAACUACCGGCCGAUCGCCUGUCCGCUGCGCGGGCCGUUCAGCUUCUCCUACUCGCGCGGUCACAUGCUGCAGGAGGAGUGCCAUCAGCCCAACUCCCGACUAGAGAGGUGCAUCCACAGCUACCGCAUGCUCUUCCGCUACCAGGCCUGCGUGGACGUGGUGGCCAGCGCCGAACAGUCGGUGGAGGAGAUGGAGUGCCUGGGCAUGUGGAAGGAGGGCUCGGCGCGAUACCUGGUCACCCGGCGCGUCUCACCCAACAUCGCGCGCCACGAGGACGCGUUCCGCUGCUUCAUCUACGAGCGCGCCAAGCCGCAGGAGCAGCCGCUGCUCGACUACCACCUGGCCGAGUCGGCCGAGGCCACCUGCAGCGGUCUGUUCAGCACCAGCGACGGCAGCACGCGGCUCAGUCUGCGGCGCGCGCCGGCCGCCCGCAGCCGCUGCCGGCUGCCGCUCUGGGCCAGCGGCCACCGGCGCUGGCACUCGCUGGACCGCGCCACCAGCUACCAGUUCAACCGGAACGGCACCGGCCUGGUGGUCACCGGCGCCGACCAGGAGACCCACCUCGAGUGUGACCGGGUGGUCUCCGAGGGCGCCCGCCGCGCGCUGUUCGUCGUGCGCAGCACCACCGGCUGCAUGAGCGGCUUCCAGUGCAUGGCGUUCUACCGCCGUGACGGCCACGUCAUGGAGAGCCAGCUGGGAGACGUGACGCGUGAUGCCGAGAGCGCGUGCGCCCGUCACAACUUCGCCAGACACAAGGCCGACUACCAGACGCUAGUCUCCUCCAGUCAGCACCACGUGGUGUGCCCCCACCUGGGGCAGUACAGCGUCACGGGCCAGUCCCGCUCUGCCCGGGACCCGGACGAUCGGGAGGGUGGCGACCGGGACGAGCGCGCACUGACGCCAGAGUUCAGCGCGCUGCGAGUCGGCUGUCAGUCGCACGACACGAUCGUACUGGCCGGCCGCGUCAGCGACCAGUCCAGAGCGUUCUCGUGCCACGGCAGCUGGCAGGAGAACGACACGUUCUACCUGGUGGCCUCCCCGCGCCGCCACCCGUGGGAGAGCACGCGUCACUACUGCUUCGUCUACUCGGUGGCCGAUGACAAUCUGCGCUUCUCGCGCGUCAUGCGCACCUGCUCGCGCGCCGUGCGCCCCGGCGUGGAGGGCGAGCUCACCUUCAACGUCACAGCACGGGCCGAAUGUCUGACGUCGUCGGCGCGCCGGUGGCGGCCCGUGCUGUCUCCCCUGCUGCUCUCGGUCGCCGCGGCGGUGCUGGUCAGAAGGUAGAAGCCGCGGGAGGCGGUCUGAUCGCCGCCGUGAGGGGUCACCCAGUCGAGACACACAGCGGCGCCGACGCAGCAGACGGAGCGUCUAAACGCCUCGGGGCUGAGCUCGGCCGACCUGCCGGUCAGUGGCGCGGCAGCAGUGGAAGUGCCGAUGGACGGCGACUGUCGGUGAGCGAUCGACGAGCAGCGCCCUGCCAGUGACCGGCGCCCUGACCUGACCCGAGGUUGGUGACUGGCGCCCUGCGCUGACCUGAGUUCAGUGACCGGCGCCCUGACCCGACCCGAGGUCAGUCUGAACUCGCAGCGGCCGGCCGAGCGCGGCGCGAACGCCAGUGCCAUGUGAUAGUGGAGUCAUUCUGUCCGUGAUAGAAACAAAGUAAUUAUGUUUUGUAUUAACAGACGAUGCGGUGCGCGCGGGAGCCGUGCCUGUGGGACUGCCGGCGGGACGAGCGCGAAUGUGCGAGAGUAUUGGUGUUGCUGGAUGAACUGCGAGCCUAUGUCGUAUCCAUGUGCACUUGUAACACUGGCUUUCAUUGUGUCGGGCCUGCAGAGAGCGCGUCUGCCUCUGUCCACGCCCGGUGGCGGUCCGUGCGUGGAGCGGAGCGCCGAGUGUCGCCCAGACAUGGAAAGGGCGAGAUUACGCCGUACAAAGGCCAGUUGCGCGCGCUCUAGGGGGAGUCGCCUAUAGUGCCAUCCGAACUAACCGUGCUAUGUAGUCACCGACCCGUUUGCAUUAUAGUCGCAGUACUAAUGCAAUACAGAGUGUUCAGAAA